AUGCGCACACCACUUCCAACUGCGAUUCCUCUUCCCGCACCAACGGCCACGCACGGCUCUCCCUGUGCCAAUGGCGUCGUCGUGCGUGAGCCCGAAGAGAACCCCGGCUUGGUUGAGGACUGCGAGACCCUGCUGGAUGUGAGGGGAAUCCUGUCGGACCGGGGGUUGGGUUGGAGAACGACUAUUUCCAUCCGGAACUGGGACGGCGUCGGCAUCGGAAGAACGUCCAACCGGGUUGAGACGCUGGACCUGACAAUCACGGGGUUGAAUAGUCGGAUUCCUCCCGAAUUGGUCCGACUCUCGAGUCUCAGGGAGCUGAGGCUGGACGGGGACGACUGGUCCGGCGGGAUACCACCGGAACUGGGCCAAUUUGAAGGUUUGCAAGGGAUACAUAUAUUUGGCAAAGGGUUGAGGGGCGAGAUUCCGCCGGAGUUGGGUCAGCUGACGAGUUUGAGAGAACUGUGGCUCUGGGCAGAAAAUCUUGAGGGGGAGAUACCGGAGGAACUGGCACAGCUAAGGAACCUGGAGACAUUGAGUCUGGCCGAAAGCGGGCUGAAGGGAGAAAUUCCUCCCAGCCUGGGACAACUUGCCAAUCUGCAGCGGUUGCUGCUCAUCGACAAUGAGUUGACCGGCGGCAUCCCCGCACAAAUCGGGGCGCUGUUCAAUUUGCGUAUAUUGGACUUGACCAAGAACCAGCUUACGGGCCCGAUUCCGCCGGAGUUGGGACGGCUGGAAUCGUUGGAGGAGUUGCGGCUCUCGAACAACCGGCUGACCGGGGAGAUACCACGGGAACUCUCGGACCUGGCGGACUUGCGAAAGCUGGAGAUCGCGGACAAUCAGCUGACCGGUGGCAUACCCAGAGCGAUUGGCCAAAUGGGAAGCCUGGAGUCCUUGAUGCUUGGAGGCAAUCUAUUGGAGGGAGAGAUUCCCAUUGAAUUGGCCAACCUGACCGGUCUGGCUCAUCUGAGCCUAAGCAGUAACCGGCUGACGGGCAACAUUCCCCCGGAGCUGGCCCUGCUACCGGAAUUGGUGAGCCUGGGGCUCAAUGACAAUCUGCUCACGGGCGUGAUACUGCCGGCUCUGGGAAAUUCUGAGAGGCUGCAAUGGCUGCGUCUCUCGAACAACCGGCUUUCCGGAGGGAUACCACCGGAACUGGGCGAUGCGACGAGAAUGGAGAAUCUUGUCCUUUCGAACAAUCCGCUGAGUGGUGAGAUACCGGCGGAGCUUGGGCAGCUCUCCGAGUUGCGGCGGCUGGAGCUGACGGCCACAGGACUGGAGGGUGGAAUACCGGCGGAGCUUGGGCGACUGCUGAACCUGGAACACGUGAAUCUUUCCGAUAACUACCUAGACGGGCCACUUCCACCGGAACUUGGCGUUCUCAGAAACCUGGAGGUGCUUUCGGCCCGCAACAACCUGCUCACCGGUGAGGUACCGGCGGAGCUGGGCAAUCUGGACCGCCUGCAGCAGCUUGAUAUUGCCGGAAACAACUUCGACGGUUGCAUUCCGAGGCGGUUGCGGCACGUGAGGACCGACAGCGACCUGCUGUACUGUCCUGAUCGUUAG